UGCAAGACGCAUUUUGUAACGCGACCAUCAAAGCGUACGCUGCUUAGUUUCAUACUUACACUCGUUCGAUUCAAACGUGUUUCGUGGAGUUAAUUUACAGAAAUAUCGAGAAAAAAAUCAUAAAGUAUACGCGAUGUCUUCCGAAGGAUAUUCAGCGGAGGAGGUGGACUCGAUGCCGGAUCGUAUAGCGGCCAGCUUCAGUAACAUGACAGUCCUGAUCACCGGAGGAACAGGCUUCAUGGGAAAGGUCCUGGUGGAGAAAUUGCUAAGGAAAUGCGACGAUGUGAAGAAGAUAAUACUCCUGGUCCGACCGAAGAAGUCGAAAAACCCGAAACAGAGACUAGAAGAAAUGUUUAAUGGAGAGCUCUUCGAACAAGUCCGGAAUAUGCGCGGAGGUGUUCAGGGACUCCUGAAGAAGGUCUGCUUGGUGAGCGGCGAUGCCAGCGCUCCCGAUCUGGCCAUCAGUCCAGAAGACAGACAGAGCUUGGUUGAGAAUGUGGAUAUUAUAAUUCACGCAGCUGCAACUAUAAGGUUCGACGAAGAAUUAAAAAAGGCAGUACUCCUGAACGUAAGAGGUACUAAGCUGAUGGUGGAACUGGCGAAGGAGUGUAAGAAAUUGCAGCUUUUCAUCCACAUCUCAACAUCAUACUGUCAUCUCCAUGAGAAACUUCUAGAGGAGAAGCCAUAUCCUCCGCCAGCGGACCCUCACCAAGUCAUCCAAGCUGUGGAAUGGAUGGACGAGGAAACGAUCGCUGCUAUGACUCCCAAGUGA